AAAAAAAAGUCUAUUUUAAUAAGCGUGUGAUUUCAAUAUUAUUAUUAUUUUCUUCCAUAAUAAUGUAUAAAGAUAUUCCUUGUAAUUGCUCAUUUCGGAAAAUAAUAAAUGAUAAUCAACAACAUGAAUUGAUUAAAAUUGUUAAUGCAGAAAAGACAAGAUCAGACAACAGUACAAAUAAUAGCUUUGUUGUUUAUAUAAUAGAAAUAAAUAAUAUAGAAGAACAUGUCAAAAGAAGAUACAGUGAAUUUGAGUCCUUUAGAAAAUCACUUGUCAAAUUAUAUCCCACAACAUGUAUACCACCAAUACCAGAAAAGCAUUCAUUAUCAGACUAUACACUAAAAGACACUGGUGCAAUGAUUGAAAAGAGAAAAAGAAUGCUUGAAAGAUUUUUGAAUAGAAUAGCUAGUCAUCCAAUAUUGAAUCAAGAGCACAUAUUUCAUCGUUUUUUAAACACUGAAGAUAGUUGGACAGAUAUUGCAAAUACGCCACCACUUUCAACUUUACCAAAAGAUCCAUUAUUACCAAAUUAUUUUACUAUUAGUUCUUUAACUUCCAAUCCUAUACAGCAAAAUAACUCUAUUAUCCCCGUACCUUCAAGUUCAUAUACACUAAAAUAUCCAGAUAACGAAUUUGACCGAUUUGAAUUAAAGGUAGAUAAACACGCUCAACAAAUCACAUUUCAAUUUGAUAAAUCACAAAAACGUAUAUUAAAAAGACUUCAAGAAUUAUCAAACGAUUAUGCUGAGUUGGGCUCUGCUUACAAUGGACUAAGUUUAAAUGAAGUAGACUCCAUAUCUAUAUUAUUGGAAAAAAUAGGUCAAGUCAUUGAUGGAACUAAUACAACUACAAAGGAAAUGAUUCAAACCUUAGAAGCUGAAUUUGCAGAAUAUGUACAAGAAUAUACUCAAUAUCUAACUAUCCUAAAAAUUGAAUCACAAAAGUUAUUACUAAAGCCCACUAAUAAUACUGAAGAAGAAGAAGGUAUUGUGAUACAACAACAACAAGAAGAAGAAGAAGAGAACGACUCUUUUAUCGAUACUGAAUCGAUUGAGGAUGGAUUUUCAGCCAUUGUAAAGGCGUCAUCCAUAAGAGAUACUACUACUACUACUAUUGAAGAACAAGAAGAUAAUUAUCCUAUAAAUGCAACUGCACCUAUCAUUCGUUGGUCUUCACCAAGAAAAUUAUUUUCUGCUGUUACUUGUACUAUCCAAGGCAUGAUAGAUACAGAUCCUGAACUAACUAGAAGAAUUCAAAUCAAGAAACUAAAACUGGAAAAAAUACAAAUGGAAUUAAUACAAGACUUGAAAGAAAUAUCUACGAAUAUGGCGAAAGAUUUCGAAAGAUUACAGAUACAAAAGGAAAAAGAGAUAAAGUCCAUCUUAAUAGCGUUUGCUAAAAUACAUAUUCAUUAUUGUGAACAGAAUACUAUAAAGUGGAAAGAAAUGCGAGAUAAAAUAAUGAUGAAAGACUUGUAGAAAAAGAAAAAUUUACAAUUAUAUAUUUUUUUAUAUUUAUUAUUGUUGAUAAAUAAAAUUACACAAAAGAAAACUGUAUAUAAAACUAUUUCCCUUUUUUUUU